AUGCAGCAGCAACGCGUUUUGGCUGAUGGUUGGGGUCAACAGACCACCGGAAGUGUCUUUUGUGCCGAUUCAAGUCUACGCUACAUUUACGAGAACAACCAUACAGUAUCCCAGCACCAGCAACAAGCUCCAACUAAAAUUCCAGGUCACAUUUCAAGCCAGUCCAGUUCUUCUGGACCACCUUACAAGCACAAAAUGAAUCGGACGUUUGCUGGCAAACGAUCUCGUGAUUUUUUGACAAAAAAUGUACAAGAAGAAAACGAAGGAAUUGACCUUUUUGAAGUCGAAAUUGCACGAGCUUGUACUGCUAUUAGGAAACAAGAAGCAGAGUUACCACCUUCCUAUCUAGAAUGUUCCGUGUGUCUGAGCAGAAACGCAGUAGCAGAAAUCGCUGCCUGUGGUCACACUUUUCAUCCCCAUUGUUUUUUACGCUGGUUUCGACGUAAUCGAUCGUGUCCAGUAUGUCGUGGUUCAGUUGAUACAAUCCAAUUGGCUCAAUCAUUGACGGUACAAAAUGAACUUGAAGCUAUUAUGGCAGAAUUGGAAGAUGAGUCCAUGCCAUUAGUUGGUGAAAAACAGUCAGAAAUGGACUUGAUGGAGCUAGAGGAUAGUCCGUUGUUACCAAGUUCAGAUCAAUUGAUGUCGUUCUUAGAGACAGAUUUUGAAACGGAUAUGGAACUUAUGGCUUUGGAUAAUUUAAGCAAUGAUGUGGAUACUUCCGGAGCUUUGGAAUCGAUAUUGAAGCAAGAAGCUGCUGAUGGAGAGGAGAAUCAAAACAUGGAGAUGGAAGAAUUGGUCGAUACGGGAUACAAACACGAAGUUCUGGCCAUGAAUACACAGACUUAUAUGGAAUUUACUCCGGUGACGCCAUCAUUCGCACCCGCGUCGGCAAUGCCAAAUUACUGGAACGUACUGAACCAAGAAAUGGCUCCGUCUAUUGUACCACCAGCUCCAGCUGUGCCACCUCAGAGGAUGGUGCAUAUUGCACCUAAGCCUGAGGUACAGCAGUCAUUACCGGUGUGGACGACAGAAGAGACGUCCAAGAUGCAAGUCUCUCAGCAGAUACACAACCACCCGGUCCAUGCUUCGACACAUGCUGCACCUCGUGUGGUGUCGUGUCGAUGCACUGGAGGAUGUAGGAAUGGACGCUGUGCCUGUGUGAAGGAGGGCGGCAUGUGUGGUGCCUCUUGCCGAUGCACUUCGUGCAAGAACCCCUUUUUGAUGGUCAAGGCUGCCGGUGCUGACAUUGAUGCACUGCUAAAGGACGACUGCUUCAUGCACAACGUUUCGAAGACUCGAGAUAUGGUGCAACGGCUACAGGAGGCUGUGGCUGUGCCAUGUUGUGAAGGUACGAUCAAGGUCGUUGACUGCGUGCAAGGCUACACAUGCGAACCGUGCAAACGACGAUACGACUUUUCAUGGUGCAUGAACAAGCUGCUCGCUAGUGAGCGCACGCCGCGCAACCACUGUGCGAUCUGCAAGCGAUGCUGCGACCACCGUGACGUGCACUGCCACAAUUGCGGUCGCUGCUACUUUGCCGGCGUGGCAGCAAGUUUACCGUGUCCGUGCAAGGAAGCUUUGAGUUACAAAAAGCGCCGCGAGGCUGCAGCCAAGGACAAAGCUGAAGAAGCUGAGGAAGAAACUGAAGGCGAGUGCUCUAUCAUGUAG